UUUGCCGUCAAGCAGCAGCCGAACCAAAACACGUUUCCGUGUUUAUCGGACUGAAUUUCAGUCGGUUUUCCUCAGAAAAUUUGUGCGUAAAUCCUCCAAAAAUCCAUCCACCAACAUGACGGCCCGUUCCAAAUCCCGGCGGGACAAAAACAACCGCGUCCGCCGCGUUAAGAAUAAGGUAAAGGAGCUCAAAAAGCUUAAGAAGACGCUGGGCAUGAUCGACGAGGACGGGAUGGACAUAAUGGAAAAGGUGAAGGACAUUACGGAGCAGCAAAAGAAGAAGGAGAAUGAAGAGAAAAUCAAAGAGGAAGCGAUGGAGGAGUUAAUCAACGAAGAAACAAAAAAGCUGGGUAAGAAAAAGGAAAAGUUUAUCGUAAUCGAGCACCAGGAAACGAAAGUCAAGCACAAAUACAACACCAGGACGAUGCAGGAUCAGUUCGGGCAGUAUCCGGUUUGGUAUCACCCCAAGAAGGAACGCAAGAAGAAGCUGCUUCGGGAGGGUAAGAUCCAGAAGAAGCGUGGCCGUCCGGGUCGUAAGAUGCAUUUUAUCGAUUCGACCAACAACUGGAGGGGUCAAGUGUGAUUUUCUUGAAAGGAAAAGAUCUUUCUAAUUUUUCUAUGCUGUAAUU